ACUGUACACCGCUUCUUUUGGCAUGUCAAAAUGGUCAUAAAGAAAUUGCGGAAAUAUUGUUGAGAGAAAAAGCCAAAAUUGUUGCAUUGGAUCCCAUGGGAUGGACACCGCUUCAUUUGGCAUGUAUGAGUGGUCUUAAAGAGGCAGUAGAAAUAUUUGUAGGAGAAGAAGUCAACAUUUGCACCUACGAUUACAAUGACUUGACACCACUUCAUUUGGCAUGUUUGCAUGGUCAUAAAGAGGUUGUGGAAAUAUUAAUUAGGGAAAAAGCCAACAUUGACGCAUUGACUCACAAGAAUUUCACACCGCUUCAUUGGGCAUGUCGCAAUGGUCAUAAAGAGGUAGUGGAAAUAUUAAUGAAAGGAAAAGCAAACAUUGACGCAAUGGCUGAAAACAAGUUCGCACCGCUUCAUUUGGCAUGCGAGAAUGGUCAUAAAGAGGUAGUUGAAAUAUUAAUAAAGGAAAAGGCCAACAUUGACGCAUUGACUCACAAGAAUUUCACACCGCUUCAUUGGGCAUGUCGCAAUGGUCAUAAAGAGGUUGUGGAAAUAUUAAUAAGAGGAAAAUCAAACAUUGACGCACUGACUGAAAACGGGUUCACACCGCUUCAUUUUGCAUGUCGCAAUGGUCAUAAAGAGAUUGUGAAAAAAUUAAUUAGGAAAAAGGCCAACAUUGGCGCAUUGACUCACAAGAAUUUCACACCGCUUCAUUGGUCAUGCCGCAAUGGUCAUAGAGAGAUUGUAGACAUAUUAUUGAGGAAAAACUCCAAUAUUGACGCUUUGACUCACAGGAAUUUCACACCGCUUCAUUGGGCAUGCCGCAAUGGUCAUAAAGAGGUAGUGGACAUAUUAAUAAGAGGAAAAGCAAACAUUGACGCACUGGCUGAAAACAAGUUCACACCGCUUCAUUGGGCAUGCCGCAAUGGUCAUAGAGAGAUUGUAGAAAUAUUAUUGAGGAAAAGCUCCAAUAUUGACGCUAUGACUCACAGGAAUUUCACACCGCUUCAUUGGGCAUGCCGCAAUGGUCAUAAAGAGGUCGUGAAAAUAUUACUUAGGGAAAAAGCCAACAUUGAUGCAUUGACUGACAAGAAUUCCACACCGCUUCAUUGGGCAUGCCGCAAUGGCCAUAAAGAGGUUGAGGAGAUAUUAAUUAAGGAAAAAGACAACAUUGACGCAUCGACUGAAAACAAGUUCAAGCCGCUUCAUUAGGCAUGCCGCAAAGGUCAUGAAGACGUCGUCAAUGAAUUAACUACAUCGGCUGUUUUCCUACUCUCCGCAUCGACCAAUGUGGCGCUAGCUUCUAUGCGCGAAAAAUCGCUAAAAGUAAAUCGCAAAAAUAUUGUAUGGCGAAUACCAUCUAAAGGCAAAUUCUUCAAAAUGGAAUAUAUUAUUCGAAAAAAUAUUUGGUAGUGGUUGUACACAAUGGUGACCACUAUUAAGCCUACCAAAUAUUUUUUCGGUAAAAGCUUUGUAUUUCAAGUAAUUCAAGUUUAGAUGCAUUUCGCCAUACAAAAUUAAAUUGAUUUACUCCUGCUGAUCAACUGUGGCUGCGCGCAAAGCGGGUAGUCCAUUAUUAAAGGGUGAGUCUCCGCAUCGAUCAAUGUGGCGCUAGCUUCUAUGCGCGAAAAAUCGCUAAAAGUAAAUCGCAAAAAUAUUGUAUGGCGAAUAGCAUCUAAAGGCAAAUUUAUCAAAGUGGAAUACAUUAUUCGAAAAAAUGUUUGGUAGUGGUUGUGCACAACGGUGACUACUAUUAAGCCUACCAAAUAUUUUUUCAGAAAAAGCUUUCUAUUUCAAGUAAUUCAAGUUUAGAUGCUUUUCACCAUACAAAAUAAAAUGGAUUUACUCCUGCUGAUCAACUGUAGGUGUGCGCCAAGCGGGUAAUCCAUUCGCUGGACUGUCCAGCGACGCGACGUUUCCAGCGACGUCAAUGUGAACUGUCAUAGCAACUGUGACGUUCCGUAAUCUUCAUCACUGUUAACCUCCAGCUGGCUUUGUACGUGCUCACCGAGGUGCUCACUCUCUCAAUCCAUAAUUUCGAAGCAUUGUUCGAAUAAAUUUUAGUUCUUAUAUAUUAUAGACGCAUUCGAUCUUACACCUCACCUCAACAAUCAUCGCAUUCUGAUUGUAAUUGUUCGCAUCAUCGAUUGCGGGACACAACGAUGCGUUUGAUUUCAGGCCUCCCGGAACCGUCAGGUAAAGAGAUUUUGUGAGGCUGAAUGGGUCCACUGACAAAGAAUAAAUUAGACAAACUUGUUUACCCAGUACGAAGAAACGGUAGGAGGAACAUUUACUCCUUUUGCGUGUGGCCAUGUUUUCAAGCGCUGGAUGUGAGGGAUUAAAUGUACCGGAAACGCAAAUAAAAACCAUGGUGCAUCACCUACUGUAAGUUGUCUUGGUCCAUGCCCUGAAGAAUUCAAUUCUUCACAAAACUCAGUGUUUUUUUUCUGUUAAACUUUGCACUUUUGACACUUUACAUACUAUUCAUUAUUCAAUUUUGAAAAUUUUAAAUACCGUGCAUCAACAAGUUGCUUUUAUCCUCCAUAUCGUUUGCGAAGUUUUGUCACAUUAUCAAUCAAGACAACAGUCGAAAAAUAUACCAGGAUCGUUGCUGGCGACAGGUGUCAAGUCUAGCGACACCACAGAGAACAGACGUCCAAGCUCAUGUAGUGCAGUUGUGUAAAGCAUUGCAACGAUUGUUUUGAAAUAACUGGGAAUGUGGCCAUUACGCGGCGCUGUCACAUUUUGAAUCGGGGUACAAAUUUGCCGUUGUUUUAGCUUUUGACGCUAGUGUCAUCAAGUGUGCACGAUAGUAUAGUUCCAUAAAGAGAAUGUGUUGUUUUUACUUGGAAAACAAUAAUUGAAUUCUUGUUCAACUUGUUUAUUAUUGAAAAUAAUGAAACUAAUUAUCAAUGGGUUGCUCAAAUUUUGUUGCUGGAUUAGUGAAUUAAUCAUAAACAUCUUGUUAUUUAAGCAAAUAUAGCUCAGAAUCUGAGUAGGAAAAUUUAAAGGUGCGCUAGUGAAAUAUUUCUUCAGAAAGCGCCAUCAUGGUGUCGAAACAAGUUUUUGAGUGGGAAAGUCACCGUCGAUGUCGCUACUGAGCUUGUUUUUUCUUAACACAAGAUUUUCAAGCAAUUUUGUUCGAGCAUGUUCGUCUGUUCUCUGUGGCGACAGGUCGUUUCCACUUUUUUCUUCUGCAGGCACAAUAAUCUUUUGUAUUGGCUUUCAAGGGCAAAACAAAACAUACUGUUACCCAUCUUUGUUUCGGUAGCGCAACUACCGAACUGAUGAUGUUUACCUUUUUUCACAUACCUAUCAACAUAAUCUGUUGGGGGAAUUAUUUUAUUUUUCCUAUUGACGAUCUUGCACCAAAUACGACGCACAGGCAAACAAAAUUGUCCCACCACAAAAUAUGAACACCGAUUUCAGCAUACAUUGGUUGAUGUCGCCGCUACAGUUUUCCAGUAACGGAGCGUUAUUUUGGGUGUUUCGACUAAUCGGUUUGUUUAUGCACUAUUUCCUUUGUUGUUGGAUGUGUGAGCAUUGUGUUGUCAAAGAUUGAACAUUUGCACGAUCGUCGCGAAAUCCUUGCAAAGCUCAAUACUUACAACCCACAUUCGACAAAUUUUUUAAGUGGGAAUGGUAGAACUUUCAAUUCCCUCGGUCGCACGUACAUUAGUUUUGCAUUUUGUUCCACCAUUUCCGUGAAAAAUGAGAUCCGGCUUGUGCAAGUGAGGAGUUGAGGUUAGAAUUGUAGGAUAUUCUAGGUUAGAUUUGCUAUCCACUUCGCCUGAACGAUUUUCAGACCCAAAAAUAUCGUACUUCUAAUUAGUUUUCAAGGCCGUAAAAAAUACUGUUAUGCUCAGAAUAAACAGUUAUACCUUCGGAUCACACUCAUUUACUCGCAAAUCUCAAUCUGACUGUAAAAAUAAUGAAUUUCUUUCCAAUGUUUUGAAACCCCGAACGAAUUUGACAUUGCUUUCGGGAAGCAUCAUCACGACGACGACAACACUCCCAAGCGGUCGAAUCGUCGUUUUGGGGGGCGAAUUGAAACGAAACUCAGUCUGCACAAAUUUUGUGACGUUGUGUAUUCAAAUUGACCCUCAGAAUAUUGAUUUCAACCGCAAGCCGCCUUUCAGUGUAGCAACAUUAGCAGCGUAACUGUCGCUGCAAAAACGUUAUUUUUGUAUAGGAACUGCGCGAUGGCGGUUAGACGCCAAACUCGUUUUGACAUCGAUUUUGACAUUGACAUUGCUUUUUACCUCUUUUUACUUUGGUUUUGCCCCGACCGGUAAACACCCAACCAUCGAAUCAACCUCUACUAACGAGCCCGCCAUGAACGAACCCGCCUGUAUACGGUUUCGUAUGAUGCGUCCAUAUAGGCCUUUUCAGUUGACAGAUCCGUGUAUGCCACUGUUUACAUCUGCCGAACAAAGGCGCAAACGCUAAACUGUCAUUCGCGACUACGAAGUUGCAGAAUGUGCGUGAAGGUUUACGUGAGAAAAAACGAGAGGGAAAUAUUUUUUGCUUUUUUUUUCACGCACAUUCUGACAGUUCCUUAGGGGCUGUCCAUAAACCACGUGGUAAUUUUUUAGGGACUUUCCAAACCCCCCCCCCCCCCUGGUCAUUAGUCCAUACAAACAUUUUAAUUUGUCCAUACAAAAUAGUCAUUGUUUGUCUAAUCAGUCUUUGUCAAUCAAGUAAUUAAAAUUCAUUCCCUGUCGGUUUUUGGAACGAGUCGGAUGUGAAUGUCCGUUUCUCUUCGCGCGGUAGCAUUCGUUAUUAGUAGAGUUUUUUUUGCCCCUCGAGCUGAGGUUUUUUUAUAUCAUUAGUUUUCCUACUAGUGCGGAGUGUAGUGCCGCAAGGCGAAUCCUUCCGAUUUGGGAAGCGUGCUGCAUAAGUAGCUCGUACAGCUUUAACCCACAUCAGGCAAGCAUAAUUGCCACAUAAUAAACGGCGCACGACGACAACGACGACGACGACGACGACGACGCCGGUAACGACGAAGCGAGAAGGUCGACGACAAAGGUCAGCAGCGCAAAACAGCAGCAGCAGCAGCCUAAGCCAUCGUCACAAACAGCGACCUACCUACAUAUAGGUAUACAAAGGCUGUGCACAGACCAGUUGAGUAUCUUGUAUCUUUUUUGCCGCUCUAUUGUUUCCCAGUCCCCCGUCUAGCUCGCAGUAAUAAUUUUAUUUCGAUUAGAGUUUCGAUGGUACAGUAGUUCCUCCCGGUUCACGGCCCAUUAUAUCGCACUAUUUUUUUAGUUUUAAGUUUUUUUUUUGAGUUGCUAUCCUUUCUAUUCUUGGAUUUUUUUUGUUUUUUUUUCAAUAUUUUCUUAUAUUAUAUUAGUAUUUAAGUAGAUACAAACAUUGAAUUGAUUUUUUUUGAAGUUGCUAUCCUUUUCUUGCCCUUUUUCCCGAUAUCACUCUACGUCAUAUUAGAACUGGUGUUGAGAGUACUUUUUUGGUUUGACUCUGUUUUGAUCUGCCGCAUUCCUACCACAGUGGUUCAAAAAACUUUUUUUCUGUUUUUUUUUUGCUUUUUUGACUUAGUUGUUUUUUUCGACGUAGGACUAUUGGUUGAAUUCAGGUAGGACCACGUCUUCGAAUUAUUUUUUUUAGUUGCUAUCCUUCUCUUUCUUUGUUUUUUUUUGUUUUUCUUUUUUUUUCUCUUUCAAUAUUUUUUUUUAUAGAUAUUUAAGUUGGUAAACGUUUUUUUGGAUUGGUGUUUUUUUUUCUCGUUCUCCCGGUUUAACUUUAUAUUGAACAUCUGGUUGGUUAAAUUUGUUCUUAUAUUGGUUUUUAUUGCCAUUAUCUGGCAUAAGGUAUAAUAAAAUAGGCCUGCAUGGAAACGAAUGACACUGGUGGGGGUUCACCGGAUCUCGUAAUUUCAUCCGAUGAUGAGACAGGCUCUGGUCUGUCCACUAUUUCAAUAGAACAAAUUCAGAAUUCUGAUGCCAUGGAGACUGGCGAUCAUGAAAACGAUCCAGGGGUUCCCCAUGUACGUUGUGUUGUUUCUUCCGGAAUUGUUCCAAUUAGUUCUUUGGUGAAAGAAACACGGUCC